CACUACAAAUCCUGAAGUAAAAAGAGAGGAUAAAGAUGAGCUAAAUAUAAAGGAACCAUUACCAAAAGCUGUAAGUGAAAUAAUUCAUAAAAAGGACGUGGAAGGUCAGACAGAAGCAAAGAGAAAUGGGAAUUUAGAGACAGAAAUGGGACAUACAGAAGUAACGGAAGAUAUGGAACCAAGUCAAGACCUCGCACAAAGUGCAAGAGAAAUUUGGGAGGGUAAAAAGGCAAAGAAUAAUGAAGAAAGAAUAAACACAGAAUUUAAAAUACCUGAAUUGGGAAAAAAUUAUAGUAAUAUAAAAUUUAACUUGGAAGACUGGACAAAGGAGGAAACAAAUGGUUAUAUGGAGAAAGAAAAAAUAGGAGAGGUGAUAAGAAACUGGGCUGGAAGCGAAACUACUGAGACAGAAAGCUGCAGACAAACUGAAGAAAAUGAAAAUGAAGAAAUGACAAAGAAGAGGGAAACAAAAGAGGAAAAACAUGAAAGUGACAUUGAGUGCAAUAGAGAUAUCUAUACAUUUACAAGAGACAGGAGAGAAAAUAAGACAAAAGAAAAGGGCAAAAGUGCAAAAAAACUGAAAGAUGAGAACAAACCCAUGAAAUUGCUCAAAGACCUGGGCCUUCAGAACAUGUACCCAAAGAAAAUGAAGAAAACUGAUGCACUUGUUAUAAACAAGAUUUCUACAUGUGACACUCAACCUAAGAAUGACAAAGAACUGCCUCACUAUUAUCUCAAGAAACUCAUCAUGAUGGACUACAGAAUGCAGUAUUUAUUAUCUCUAGAACAGGAGAAAAACAGAGUAUCCCUGAAGGAGAAUCAGAACACAGGAGGAGAUGAUGCAGGUUUAUCAUUUGCUGACUUUCUUAAUGACAGUACUGAGGACAGCACUGAGAUGGACACACAGCAGCCAGCACACAUCCAUCCAAUGGAUCUCCAGAUGGCUCUUCUCCACUGUGCCAAUAAUUUACUGAAGCAGUAUCUUUACUCCAAGCUCUAUCUCUGCCAGUAUGCUCUACCCUUUUUGGUCCCAAAUCCCUGCAGCUCUAACAUUGAGUUACCCUUGUGGUCACUUCGCCAUAUUAAAAUCAGCUGUAAAGAUAAAGAGACAAAGACAAGCAAAGAGUGUACAGCUGUCCAUUUAGAGACAAAGGUGGUGUCUUUCAUGAGACUCGGCUCCUCCUCUGUGUCCAAAUCACAGAUCAUGAAUAUGGUACUGAACAGACAGAAGCACAGCAUCUUCUUCAGCCGACAUUGCAGGGGAAGCAGGCAAGGUGGUUUACUAAUGGAUGGGGUGGUGGACAUGACUUGGUACAUCCCAGGAGGCAGACAGGAUGACAUUUUUAGUGACUGUAUUGCUUUCACUAACCUUCACGGAGAUGCCAGAGAGAACAGGAAACAAUUCCAAUUCCUAAAUGAAAUAUCUGCUGUAAAUGUGCUCCUCAUGUCAGAUUCAGACCUGAAUGAAGAAGGGAAAGCCAUUCUAAAAGACUGUUUUGAAUCACCACAGCCUCUGAUUUGUCUUCAUACUGAUAAAAGUAUGAUUAAAGGAAAUAAACCUGGGAUAAAAAUCAGGAUAGGCAUCAAGGAUAGGAAUGAAGCAGAGCUCACAGAUGCACUCAUCUCAGUCCUUAGCCAUUGUUGGUCCUUGUCAAAGAAAAGAAUUAGAAUAGAAGAAUGCUCGAAUGUUGCUGUGAGACAUGGCUUUGUUGUUGAUGAAGAUAGUAAAAACUGUAAAAAAGGAAGAGAUCUGGCAGAGAAUGUAGUGUGUAUUUUAAAGGAUAAUAGCUUGUUGGAGAGGAAGGAGGCAUAUCUCCCAUUACAGGGUCAAAUGUGGCACAAAUGGUGUCAGAAGGACAAGGAGCUCUACCGCUUAAAACAGAAAGGAAAUAAAAGCAUCGAACAGUACAAGAGUGAGAUUGAGAUUGAAAAGGAGAAGAUAAGAGAAGAGCAGUUAAAAAGAGCCUUCCCACUGAACGAUUUCAUGAGACCUUUGAUUGAUAUUCUAGGCUCACAUUCAAAUGAAAUUAAAAUGUACUUCCUGGAAUGGCUGAGGAUCUUCUUGGAUGAACUGCUAGCAGAUGCAGUUCCAAAAUUACAACAGAAGUACCAUGACAUAUGGUCAAAAAUACGGACGCUGCAAAACAAAUCAGUAGCCUCACAUGAAGUAGAUAAGCUUCAGUCUUCACUAAAUGAUAUAUCAAGUCAGAUAAAUGACUGCACCUUUGGUCUGGAGCACAUUUUGAGGGAAAUCAGUCAGAUAUUUGAAGCAUCUCAUACUGGGAUAAGUAGAGAGCCCUGCAUUGCAUUACUACCUGGGAUAGCAGCUGAACUUCUCCUGUCUGGUUAUCCUUUGGAACUCAUGGAUGGAGAUGCUGUCCAUGUUCCUGUGAAGUGGAUCGCCUCAGUUUUGGAUAAAGUGCAGGAGAAGCUGGGUGAUGUGAGGCUUUUUGUACUGUCUGUCCUUGGCCUCCAGAGCAGUGGCAAAUCCACUUUGCUGAAUGCCAUGUUUGGCCUGGAAUUUGCUGUUAGUGCAGGGAGGUGCACCAGAGGUGCCUUCAUGCAGUUAAUUAAAGCGGAUGAUGAUAUUCAAGCAGAGUUAAAAUACGAAUAUAUGCUUGUGGUGGACACAGAAGGUCUGAGAGCAACAGAGUUAUCGAAUAAAAUGUCAUUCAGUCAUGAUAAUGAAUUGGCAACAUUUGUUAUUGGCCUGGGCAACAUGACCAUAAUUAACAUCUUUGGUGAAAACCCCUCAGAAAUCCAGGACAUACUUCAGAUUUCUGUUCAGGCUUUUUUAAGAAUGAAGCAAGUGAAACUAUAUCCAAGUUGCCUCUUUGUCCACCAAAAUGUUGACGAUACUAGUGCUAAAGAUAAAAAUAUGGAAGCCAGACGCAGACUUCAGGAGAAACUGGAUGAAAUGACUCAAAUGGCUGCUGAAGAAGAGGGAUGUGAUGUGAAAUGCUUCAGUGAUGUAAUAAGAUUUGAUGUCAACACACACAUUCAUUACUUCGCUCAUUUGUGGGAAGGAAAUCCACCAAUGGCUCCUCCUAACCCAAGUUACAGUCAGAAUGUCCAGGAUCUCAAGAGAGUUGUUUUAAACACUGUAAAACAACAAAAUAUUGAUGGAAAUAAGGACUUAAUUAUACAAAGAGUUCUGACCAUUUCAGAGUUUAAAACAAAGGUCCAAGACCUCUGGAGAGCUCUACUCACGGAGAACUUUGUUUUCAGCUUUAGGAAUUCACUUGAGAUCACUACCUACUGCAAGCUGGAAGUGAAAUAUUGUGAGUGGGCUUGGGAGCUGAGACAUAAUGUACUUCAAUUGGAAAACAGGCUGUUGAAUGAAAUUGAAAACAAUUCCAAAACCAAAACAGUAAUAGUGAAAGAAGUUGAAGAAACAUAUGAGAAUGUAAAGAAGGAGAUUGAGAAGUACUUCCAACAAGAGAAAAAUCAAGAAAUACUUGUUCAAUGGAAAUCAAAAAUUGAGAAAAAAUAUGAACAACUGAAAAGUGAGCUUAUUCAAGAUCUAAAAACAAAGUGUCAGGAGUUAAUAAAGGCAAAGGAGAAGCGAAAAAAAGUGGAUGAGAACAGAGCCCAGCGUGAAGAGAAGCUGAUUAAGCAAAGUAAAGAGCUGGCAGAAAAACUAAGAACUAAAGACCCAAGUGAAGCUGAGCUUCAGCAGGAGUUUGAGAAACUUUGGAAAAAAUGGGAGAAAGAUGCUGCCAGUGACUUUACUCUUUCACCUGAGACUGACAUUCCAGCACAGGUGGAGGAGAUUCUCAUUGAUCGUUUUAGAAGUUUGCCUGAUGUCUACGACAGAGUUCAGAAUUCAGGAGCAAUGAAGCCGUGUCCUGCUGACUAUUUCAGCUUACAUUCGUUGUCUGUAGCAGAACGGUUUUUGGACUGUGCAUCUAAAAUAUACACCAAAUGCAUCUCCUGGGCCAGGAAACCAAAAAAUUCUGGGUCUUCUAAUGAGUUUUCAAAAAAUUUUAUUUUGGAGCAGUACAAGCAGGUAGAAAAUGUAACAAAUAAUAUUACAGAAACUGUAGUAAAUUACAUUAACAAGAAGGAAAAGGAGAAAGUUGACUACAGUCCACACUAUAUCCAUGAAAUGUUAAAUCUUAUAUCCAACAAUGUGGAAACUUGCACAGAAAUAAACAAGCUAACAUCUAAAGAAGAUUACAAAUUUGAUUUAUCUCUGCAUUUAUGUAAAUCGUGCAUUGUCAGGUUUACACUGAUGCACCAGGCUUUUCGUACUGCAAAUGACCCACUGCUUUACCUGAAGAGCAUGAAAGACACUUCAUACAAAUUGUUUCAGACUCUGUGUCGUGGAGCUUCUUCUGUCACUGCAUUUGCUGACUUCCUUACCAGCAGACUGGAGGAUGCCAUAAACCAGGCUGUUAGAGAUCAAGUCUGCAUUGACAUAGCGAAUGAGAUCAGGCAGAGCUGCCCGCCUUUAAAAGAAAGUAAAAUCAAAUUAGAAUAUUAUCUUCAAAAAGAGCUUGCUGAGAAAGAAGAAUUUGAAGGUUUCUGGGAGUAUAUUCAUUUUCCAAAAACCUUUUUUAAAAGACACAUUUCAUCUUAUGUUGCACAGCAUUGUAGAAAGAUGUCUUGUGUAAAAAUAUUUUCAGAAAGGCGACUAGAUGAACAUUACACUUUAGUCUCUAGAGUGGCAAUGAAAGCAACAGAAACUUCUGAGAAGCUAAACAGGGCUGAGGAGAAAAGCAAAGUGUCACUGUGGCUUGAUCUUUUUUGUGCAGACCUGGAAAAACAUCUCAAAAUCCCAAGAAACACACUAACACAUAUGGAAGAUGAGGAAAUAAAUGACAUGGAUUUUUUACAAGAGUCUCUGAUGGAUGCAUUAAAACGUUCAAUAAAAAGUUUAAAGGAGAUUUUUGCUUCUACAUCACUGGGAGACUUGGACAAUAUGAAACAGGAUCCGGAGGAUAUUCUCUUUACUCAGAUGAGUGGAUGUUGGGCUCAAUGUCCUUUCUGUGCUGCAAUCUGCACAAACUCAAUUGAAGGCCACCCUGGAAACCACAGUGUCCCUUUUCAUCGAUGUGAUGGUAUUAAAGGCUGGGGAUACUAUCAAACAGAUUAUCUUUCUUCAGAUAUUUGUACAACUCUUGUCUCCAGUGACAACAAAUUUAUACUCUCUGAUAAUCGAACAUUUGCUUACAAGACCUACAAAGAUGCAGGGCCUCCUUAUUCAGAGUGGAGUAUUGUAGCUGAUGAUUCUGAACUCAAAUACUGGAAGUGGUUUGUUUGUCGUUUCCAAAAGGAGUUGGAGAAGAAGUACGAUGGUAAGUUUGAGGGUUAUGGUAAAAUUCCAUCAGCUUGGAGAAACAUCACAAAACAUGAGAUUCUUAGUGAGCUGGAAAAGCAAAUGAAUUGAUAUGCAAAUUAGACCUGACUCUGAGCAGUUUAAAAACAAUAUAUAGAGAAUCAUGUAGAUUAUUUAGUCAAAGCUGUAUAAAAAACAGAUUUUUAACAGUGUCUCCACCAUGAAAAAACCUUCCUAUCUUAUUUUGCAUUAAUUAUUCACAUUUCUUGUGAAAAUAGGUGAGAUUCUUUAUCAUAGGAUUUAUUAUGUUUCAGCCUUUGCAUAUAUUAAGAAAAAUAUAAUUAUCAAACUAACAUUGGCAUUUGUUCAUUUGUUUAACUAUGUUCAAUGUUUUCAGAGUUUGUCAGUUUCAGUAAAGUAUCUAGUGAAGGACCAUGUUUUUAACAAAACACACUGUUUGAAUAUUGUUAAAUGCUCCUCAAGUAUGUUGUAUUUUUAAUAAAGAUGGAAAAUAAAGAAAUGCA